UUUUUCACUAUGGUUACCAAAGUCGCGACUCUGCUUUGCCUGCUGCUCCUGACUGGAGCUCUGACUUUCGGUCAGGGAGAGGAGUUCCCACAGUGUGUGAAUGUGGCGCCCGAAACGUUUGUGAUGGCCGUCGAAGACUGCGCCUCGUACAUCUACUGCAAUGGGGAGGACUCCUUCAGAGACAGCUGUCCGGAUCAGACCUACUUCGAUGAGAAGGCCCAAGAGUGUGCCUUUGACGAUGCAGGAUUCUGUCUCAGGGGAGCUGCCACUCUAAACGCGACGGAGGCCGAAACAGAAGCAAGCGCUCCAGAGGAGGUGCUCCCAACUAUUACGGCGCCCGCUGGUGCACCUGGGAGUAAUCCUUCCCCAGAUCCACCGGCAUCCAGCUCAGCACCUGGGAGUCGUCCCCAUUGCGACGCCUCCAGCGAUAGCUUCCAUCCUCACCCGCAACGAUGCGAGUACUACUACCAAUGCCUAAGCGGUUACCUCACGAUUGUCCGAUGCCCCUACAAUUACGGAUGGGACCAUCCCAAGCAGCAGUGCCUGCCCCUGUCGGAGGUUCAGUGCUAUAGCUCACUGAUCUAUGGAUUUUAAGGGGAAUGGGGAAUGGGGAAUGGGGCAGGGCUAUGGGUUAGGGAUAGUUUAUUUUGUGGUAUUUUCAGCCUCCAAUCUUAACCCAAAUAGAGGCACACAGAUGACAAUAAUAAAUAAGUA